AUGGGCGGCGGCCUAAAUGAUCUCGAGUUGGAGACCGAGACCUUGGAUGAAGUUUGCCUCUCGCCGCUCCCGGCCGCGCGGCGCCGCCCCGUCAAGCCGACGCAAGGCGAAUUAGACGCGCCGCCGGCACGCGGCGCGCGCCGACUCGGCUCGGGCGUCGCCCUCGGCGUGACGCUGAUCCUGGCGUUGAUUACGUGGGUCUCGCUACGCGUUGAUACGCCGCCGAAGGCGCGCGCGGCCCCCGACUUGGUAUCCACUCCCCCGGCGGCGGCCGACGUUCCGGAGAUCAUCACCCCGGUCGCGGUUUCGUACGGCCGGCCGCACCCCUCCUCGCACGCCGCGCAACACGCGCACCAUCGCCACGCGCACAACCACACGCACAAUCACACGAGGUCACACGUCUCUCCCGUGGCCGACGUCGCGCCGGUCUCGGAAAUUGUUGAGGCGCAGCUACCCGCCGCUCCUGUCGAGCCGCCUCUGCUCGAUCUCCUUUCCGCGCCGUUGGACUUCAAGGUCUCGGACACGGCCGCGACGGAGAUGCAGGAGGUCCAGAGCGUCGCCGAUGCUGCGGCGACGGCGCUCCUUACGCCACUGGAGGGCUCGGAAACAGCCACGACGGAGGAAGUGCAGAGCACCGUCGCCGACGCCGCGGCGACGGCGCUGGUCGACGCGAUGGCCGCGCUCAAGGAAGCCCAGGCCGCGGUGGCCGCCGCCGAGGAGCCCAUCGAUAUCCAGAGCGUCUCGGAGAGUGAGCGGCGCCUCCAGGAAGUCGAGAUGGAGGAGCCGAUUCAGGCGCCGACGCCGCGUGAGCAAGAAGACGAGCCAAUUCAGGCGCCGACGCCGCGUGAGCCGGAGGACGCGGAGCCCGAGAUCGUGACGCCCGCGAUCAUGCGCCGGCGCCUCCGUGGCGGCGGCGGCGCGUCGUGGUGGGCCCGCCUGUUGAGAGUGUAG